GAGAGAGGGCUGAGGCGGGGCUGCUACCGGGGCUCUGCGCGGGAACGCUAACCUAGUCCGGAGCCAGCCUCGGUUUCAGCCCCGCGGACGUCCUUUCCCGAGUCUUCAACCCUUCAGGUGAGGCCGUGCGGCCUCACGGAGCCAGAGGACCAUGGGGACCGGAAGGCGUGGGGGUCGCGAGGCUAUCUUUUAGUCGAGAUGAGUGAUAAGCCAGACUUGUCAGAAGUGGAGAAGUUUGACAGGUCAAAACUGAAGAAAACUAAUACCGAAGAAAAAAAUACUCUUCCUUCAAAGGAAACUAUCCAGCAGGAGAAAGAGUGUGUUCAAACAUCGUAAAAUGGGGAUCUCCUCCCAACAGCAGAUUUCAACAUUACCUGAGAGUCUUGGUUUAGGCUUGUUUUUUGUAAACCCAUGUGUUUGUAGAGAUUUUAGAUCUUCGGAUGUCUUCUCACCUAUGUUCCCUGGCUAAGAAGUCAGAGGUAGCCAAUGUUUCCUUAAAUUCAAUUUCAUACUUACCAUUGGUGCAUAUGUUCCAGAUGGCAGAUGCUGUCAAUAAUCUCACCAUUGAUGACCUUUGUGUAUGUAGUUCUUGCAUAAGUCUGUUUUAACCUGCUAUGAUGGGUGCCUCCAUUGCUUCAUAAUCUUCAUGAAGUUGCAUGCUUUUGCAGCUUUUCACAGUUUAUUUUCAUUUCUAAUGUAGUAAUAAAGUAACCAAUAUAAUCAUUA